AGCUCCUUGCCUUCCAUUAUUUUAACCUCUCCUCGGGCAAGUGUUUGGAGAAUACAAGCCAAAAGAGGAAGCAAAGCUUGGAGAGAGGAGAUCGGAGAGAAAGAUGGGGAGGGGGAGAGUUGAGCUGAAGAGGAUCGAGAACAAGAUCAACCGCCAGGUGACCUUCUCCAAGCGCCGCAACGGCCUGCUCAAGAAGGCCUAUGAGCUAUCCGUCCUCUGCGAUGCCGAGGUUGCACUCAUCGUCUUCUCCAGCCGCGGCAAGCUCUACGAGUUCGGCAGCGUCGGUACGAGCAAAACUUUAGAGCGAUAUCAACGUUGUUGCUAUACAUCCCAAGAUUCUAGUUUUGCUGAUCAGGACACACAGAACUGGUACCAGGAGAUGUCAAAGUUGAAGGCAAAGUUUGAGUCUCUGCAGCGCUCCCAGAGGCAUUUGCUGGGAGAAGACCUCGGACCAUUGAGUGUGAAAGAACUGCAACAACUUGAACGUCAGCUUGAGUCUGCUCUGUCACAAGCCAGGCAAAGAAAGACUCAGAUAAUGCUGGACCAGAUGGAAGAACUUCGGAAAAAAGAACGCCAUCUUGGAGAAAUAAAUAAGCAGCUUAAGGACAGGCUUGAGACGGAAGGUGCCACUUUCAGAACCAUUCAAGGAUCUUGGGCUUCUGAUGCGGUAGUAGCCAACAAUGCAUUCAACUUGCAGCUAUCUCAGUCCAGCAGCAUGGAUUGUGAACCCACUCUACAAAUAGGGUAUCAUCCCCAACUUGUUCCUCCAGAAGCAGCCAUGACGAGGAACACGGGCGGAGAGAACAAUUUUAUGCUGGGCUGGGUUCUUUGAAAACUUUGAAUCCAAGAAGACAUUUAUAUGGUUUGUAUAAUAUUAUGGAUUGGUACUCGUAUUCUUACUGUACCUUGUUCCCACUUUAGUUCCUGUGCACUGCUGCUGCUGAAUCUUAACUGGUUUUUGCUGGACAACUCCUAAGACUACAUGUUCAUGUUGGCUUAAAAUUAAUAUAAUGUCAGUCUAAGCAACGUGAUCAGCUC